GCUUCCUCAACAACAGCACUUCCGGGUUGGGAGAAAGGUCGCAACGCUUUCGGAGGGAAUAAAAUGGAAGGAGAAUCAAGCAGAUUUGAAAUCCACACUCCAGUUUCUGACAAGAAAAAGAAAAAGUAUUCUGUACAUAAGGAAAGACCUCAGAAACAUUCCCACGAAAUUUUCAGAGACUCCUCCCUGGUGAGUGAACAGUCUCAAGUAACUAGGAGGAAAAAGAGGAAAAAAGAUUUCCAGCGUCUCAUUUCUACUCCUUUGAAAAAAUCCAGAAUCCAUGAUGAUGCUGAAAAUGCCACUGCUACACUCAAAAAGAGAAAAAAGAGAAGAUACAGUGCUUUGGAGGUAGAAGAGGAAGCAGGUGCUACAGUUGUCCUUGUGGAUAAAGAAAAUAUUAGCAACACACCAAAGCAUUUUAGAAACGAUGUUGAUGUCAUUUGUGUUGAUAGGAGCAUGGAACAGAAGUUACCAGGAGUGCCUAAAACAGACAAAUUUCAGGUACUUGCUAAGUCACAUACACAUAAAUCAGAAGCACUGCACAAUAAAGUUAGGGAGAAAAAGAAAAAGCAUCGGAGGAAAGCUGCAUUCUGGGAUGCUGUGCAGGAGAGCCAGCGGGCAAUGGAUGCCCUGCCUCAGUCGGAAUCCCACCAGGAGGAGUCCUGGCUUUCUAUGAGUCCAGGGGGUGAAAUAACAGAACUACCAGCAUCUCCUCAUAAAAACAAGUGUAAGAAAAAAAAGAAAAAGUCCAGUAACCAGGAAUAUGAGACAUUGGCCAUGCCUGAAGGAUCGCAAGCGGGCAGUGAGGCUGAGCCUGAUAUGCAGGAAUCCCGACCUGCUGUGGGCUUGGAUGGUGAAGCUCCAGAACUACUAGGACCUACUCACAAAAAAAAGUCUAAGAAAAAAAAGAAGAAAAAGUCCAGUUACCAGGACUCUGAGGCAUUGGCCAUGCCUGAAGGAUCACAAGUGGGCAGCGAGGUUGGGACUGAGACGCAGGAAUCCCGGCCUGCUGUGGGCCUACAUGGUGAAACUGCAGAACUGCCAGCACCGGCUUAUAAAAGCAAGUCUAAGAAAAAAAAGAAAAAGUCCAAUCACCAGGAAUUGGAGGCAAUGGCCAUGCCUGAGAGCCUUGAGAGUGCAUACCGUGAAGGAUCACAGGUGGGCCGUGAGGCUGGGAUUGUGGAAGGCAGGAAGGCUCUUAAAGGGUUCAAGGAAUCCAACAGUACAGAGAAGAAGUCUAAGAAAAGGAAGCUUAAGUCUGUCAAAAGGGCCGUAGCGUCUGGUGAUGGUUUUUCAGUGUCCACUAAGAACUCUGAGAGCACACUCUUUGAUUCAGUAGAAGGUAAUGGCUCCGUGAUGGAAGAAAGUGUGAAACCCAGGCCCCGACAAAAGAAAACCCGGGCCUGUUCAGCAAGCAAGCAUAUGCAAGAGGUGCCAAGGUUAGAACCUGCAAAUGAAGAACGCAAUGUGGAAACAGCUGAAGAUUCCGAAACAAGAUAUUUGUAUGCAGAUUCAGGAGAUGCCGAGGAUUCAGAUGCGGAUUUGGGUUCUGCCGUCAGACAGCUUCAGGAGUUCAUUCCUAACAUCAAGGACAGGGCCACCAGCACAAUCAAGCGGAUGUACCGGGAUGACUUAGAACGGUUUAAGGAAUUUAAAGCACAAGGUGUCGCUAUUAAAUUUGGCAAGUUUUCUGUGAAGGAAAAUAAGCAGUUAGAGAAAAAUGUGGAAGACUUUCUAGCCCUGACAGGCAUCGAGAGCGCAGACAAGCUGCUGUACACGGACAGAUAUCCCGAGGAAAAAUCUGCGAUCACCAACUUAAAAAGGAGACACUCGUUUAGAUUGCACAUUGGUAGGAACAUUGCCCGGCCCUGGAAACUUAUAUACUAUCGAGCAAAGAAGAUGUUCGAUGUCAACAAUUACAAAGGCAGGUAUAGCGAAGGAGACACUGAGAAGUUAAAGAUGUACCAUUCUCUCCUUGGGAAUGACUGGAAGACGAUUGGUGAGAUGGUGGCCCGAAGUAGCCUCUCCGUGGCCCUGAAGUUCUCGCAGAUCAGCAGUCAAAGAAAUCGUGGUGCUUGGAGUAAGUCUGAAACCCAGAAACUAAUCAAGGCUGUUGAAGAAGUGAUUCUAAAGAAAAUGUCUCCCCAGGAGUUAAAAGAGGUGGAUUCCAAACUCCAAGACAAUCCUGAAAGUUGCCUAUCAAUUGUACGGGAAAAACUCUACAAGGGCAUAUCUUGGGUAGAAGUAGAAGCUAAAGUGCAAACCAGAAAUUGGAUGCAGUGUAAAAGUAAGUGGACAGAAAUUCUAACCAAGAGGAUGACUAAUGGUCGGCGCAUAUACUGUGGCAUUAAUGCCCUGCGGGCCAAGGUCAGCCUUAUUGAAAGAUUGUAUGAAAUAAAUGUGGAAGAUACUAAUGAAAUAGACUGGGAAGAUCUUGCUAGUGCCAUAGGGAUGAAGAAGAACCAGACAAGAGGAAAAUAACGGUCAACGCCCGCU